AUGUAGAAUUAUACUUAAGCAAAUCAAUUAAAAAGUUUUAGGUUCACUUAACAUUAACUCAAUCAGAUAUUAAAAUAAUAUUAGACCUAUGGAUUUACAUAAUCAUAGAUAUUAUAAGCUUGGCAAAAAUGCAAUUAAGAUUAGUAUCUAUUUCAUGAUGUACUAAUCUAAUAAGUGUACAAACUAUCUAAUUUAGAAAUGCCAAAGGUACUGUGAGCAAAGAUCUAUUAUAAUCACAACUUAAUCUCAAAACUUAAACUGAUCAAAAAUAAAUACGGAACUCCAUAUUUAUUCAAACAGUAGACGAUCUAUAGUAUUCUAUUUUCUAAUAUUAUAUAGGAAAUGUGAUCUAAUAACAUUGUAAGAGUAAUAUAGAACUUAUGUAAUCAAUUCACCAAAUUGGAAGCCUACAGGAUUGAUUAAUUUAGGCAAUAGUAAAAUAUCAUUCAUAUUAUAAGCUUGUUAUAUUAAUAUAAUGCUUCAAUAUAUGUUCAAUAUUACUUCAUUUAGACAACUCAUUUUUAAUAUAUAAUUGCCAACAGAUAAGACUAAUGGAUAAAAGGUUAUAUAAAAAUUAAAAGAGCUAUUUGCUUUAAUGCAAUCAGGCAAUAGAAAUUAUAUUAAUCCUUGUGAAUUAAUUACAUCUCUUUAAGAAUAUAAACCAAGUAAUUCUGUAACUUAUUAUUCUUCUAGAUAUUUUGACUAUUAAAGGUGAAUAAAAUGAUUAUAAUGAAUUAUAACUGAUGUUUUUAGAUGUAAUAGAAAAUUCUUUAUUGGAUCUAAACAAUGAUCAAGUAAUUUAAGAAUUUAAAUCUAUAUUUUAUGGUUAAUCAGAAGAAAACAUAAUUGUUAAUAAUAAAGUUAUCAAAACUACUCCAACUUAAUAUAGCUCUAUUACUAUAGAAGCAAAUGAAGAAAAUCUAUUAAAAGCAUUUACAUCAUCUAGAAUUCUAUUUAUAGAUGACUAUGAAAUUUCAGAAAAGGUUUUUACCAAAGCUUUAAUUCAUUAGAACAUUAAAACAGUACCAAAGAUUUUAUAGUUUUAUAUAAAUAGAGUACUUUAUGAUUCUAAUUAAAAUCAACUUAUUAAAAAUAAUAAAGUUUUUACAUUUCCCUCAGUAAUUAUAUAUCUAUAUUAUUUAGACUAUUGAUGUUAGUUAAUUCAUAUAAGAUGAUUCAAUUAAUUAAUCUAAAGAAAUGUAAGAGUUACUAAAAAAAGAAUAAGAAAUCUUAUAAAAAUUGGAAUAAUGUGGAGAUCAUUAAUCAGAGAUAUAAUUUGAAAAUUUAAUCAAACUAUUUACAAAAUAGCCAAAUGAAUAAUUUAUCAUUGAUCCAUAACCAAAUCUUUAAAGUCAUAUUGAAAUGGCUAAAUAAUUGUCUUUAUAUUAAGAAGCUUUUAAAGAUAAAAAAUAAUAAUUAUAAAUGGAAUUUAUAAAAAUAGAAGAAUAAAAAAAACGAGUAAUAGAAGCAAAGAAAACUAUCUAUUAAUUAACAGCUCUAUUAAUUCAUUCUGGUACUGCUGUAAGUGGUCAUUAUUAUUGUUUUAUUUUUGAUGGAAAAUAUUGGUGGAAGUUUAAUGAUAGAGUUGUUACAUAAGUAGAAUUUCCAGUAGUAUUUGCUGAAGCUUAAGGAAAAACUAAUAAAAACACUAAUGUAUCUGGUUUAAUCUAUGAACAUUGUGAAUAAAUAAAUUAAAAUAAAUUGAUUCCAUUAGGUAAUGAAUUAGAGAAAUUUAUUGAACAGAAAAAUUAAGAAAUUUUAAUGCUUAUUGAUAAAUAAAAAAUAUUAUAGAUAAAAUCUCGAAUAUUAUAAAGAGCUGCAGAACAUAAAAUAAUUUAUCCAAAAAGUUAAAUAAGCAAAGCUUUAAUUAAAUAUUAAUAUUUUGAAGAAUUUCUAUAAGGAAAUCCAAAUAGACAUUAUUUUAUUAGAUAUACUAUUUUAGAUGUAUUUAAUUUAUAAAUUAUUUAUAGGAAGAAUUAAAAUUAUUAAAUCCAACUUUAAAAUAUCCUUAACAAAUCAAUGAAUAUAAAAAAUACUUUAUUUCUAAUUCAGGAAUAUUUCCAUAAAAUUUUGAUUAGAUGUUCUCAUAAGAUUAUUCAAAAUACCUAUUCAUAAAUAAUAUAAUUUCUAAUUUUUAAGUUCCUACAUUAAUAACAUCAAUUAAUUUUCAAUAAGUUAUCACUCAAUUUCAAAAAUAUUGUUUAUAAUUGAAAAACUUAGAUAAUUCUGCUUUUGAAUAUUUGACUAUUCUUUUUUAAGCAAUAUUAUUAUAAGGAUGUUUCUUAUGUGAAUUAUUGAUUCAAAAAAAUAAAUUAUAAGAAGGAAAAUAAUUAACAUAAUUUAUAUUUGAAACUAUAAAAUCUAGGUAAUGAAUAAUAAAAUAAUUAAUUUAUAGUUAAUUUAUUUAAGCAAUCAUUACUUAAUAACUUAGAGAAAAUAUGAAGAGUAUAAUAGAUGAAUUAGAGGAAUUGAGUAAGAAACAAAAUUUACAAUAAAAAACUAUUGUUACUUAACCUAGUAUUCUAGUUCCUGAUUCAAUUCUUUAGAUGAAUUAAAACAAAAUAAAAGAUCUUUCAGAUGUAAUUCAGAGAUUUGAUGAAUUAGAAUAAAAUACAUAAGUAAAACUAUUAAUAAUAUUUUUAUUAGUUAUGGAUUGGUUUUGUUAAUAAAAUAUUAAAAUCAAGUGAAAUCAUUCCUUAAAAAGUUCGAUUAGAAUAAGAAAUGCCACUAUAUUUUGACAAAAAACUAUAUUGA